AUGGAUUCUUCGUUUUCAGGUCAUGAGAACUUUGAUUUAUCUCUGGAAAAUGAAUACCUUUCUCCGGCAAUGUUUGAGAGUGUUCCACUCGCCGCAGGAUUCAGCGAUUUUGAGUCAGAUAACCUCAUACUACAGUCGAACCCACCCACUUGGAACACCAUCAAUGAGUUUUCAAUGGAUACGUUGGAAAGCGAAAAUUGUAAUGAACUAUUCAAUCCGGAUGAUUUUCUAAAUGAUGUACCGUCCAAUAGCUCUGCUGUAUUAAAUCGCGACACGCCUUCACCUUCCGAUAGUCAAAAGAGCUACGAUUCGUUGCCUUCAUCCGGUGGGUUUGAUGGUUGCCAUGUUGUACCAAUGCAUUUGGACAGUCCACCGAUAUCACCCCAGACAUCGUCAAGUCCGUUAGAUGGAACAAACGCAAUCAACCACAUCGGCGGCAGUGAUAAUAUUCAUCCAGUCAAAGUCGUCCCAAAAAGUACGUCCUCGAACGUUACUAAAACCAUCACGAAGAAAACGAUCGUUUUGUCGGCGAAGGACUAUAAAGCUCUGCUGGAAAAAAUGCAACGAAAACCCUCAAGCAAUACUAUUCUCCUGAAGGCAACUCCUACUAAUAACCCACCUAUUGGAGUGGCAGCUAAAGAAGGAAUGGAAUUUAUUUCACAGGCGCUUAAACAAGAAAAAGCAACCGUUUUACCGAAACCAUUAGCCACUGGUAGUGCUUUGACAAAAACUAGAAACGAUGUUAAACCACAAGCAGUGGCCAAGGAAGACGGUCUGAAUAGCGUUAGUUCGCUUACCGUUCCCAUGAUUCUAGGUAUCGGUAGUAGCAUUUCCGAACAUACGAUCGAUGAAAAGAUGCUGAAAAAACAUCAGCGUAUGAUAAAAAAUCGCCAAUCAGCAUAUCAGUCACGGCAGAAGAAAAAGGAUUACGUCACAUCAUUAGAGGAACGCCUCCAAGAACUAUCCAAAGAAAACAAUCAACUUAAGAUGGAAAAUGCAUCUCUUCUCGAAAGGCUUAGUAUACGAUGUACAUGUGCAGCUAACAGUUUACUCUUAGGCCAUUCAACCGUUAAGCAAGUAUCGCCCAACGCGCGGAAGAAUGCUGCGAUCGUCUUUGCCAUGCUUUUCAUGGUAUCGCUUAAUUUCUUUCCUAUUGGUAAUCUGCUUACCAAUCAGGAUCAGGCAGCAUUAGAUAGAAUACCUAUCAACGACAAGAUACAGUAUCACUCCCGUGGCUUACUCUGGACCAAUGAUUCAAGUGAACGCGGUUCCCAAAAAUCGCUCCGAAUCAAUAUUACGGCACUCGACGAGCUCACAAAAGAUGAGUCGUUUCCUUCCGCUGAAUGUCCUUUUUAUGUGAACCAAACGGAAAACAUACGCUUGGCUAGCGAACUUCGUAGGUGGAUUGGUGAAAACGGGUUUAAAAAUCUCACCGAUACCACCGGCCAAACGGCAGAUGUUAGCAUUGAUACGUUCGAUAAGAUGUUCCGACUAAAAGACACAAUCGAUUCCAUGUAUCGGCAAAUGAAAGAUAUCAGCGUACAGAUGAAAACGUAUGAACGCAGGCAAAAAUUGGCUCUGAAUGGGAAGAAAUCGGCAAGUAAACGGCAACAUGCGGCAGCUAACCAACGUGAGAUGGCCACGUAUCGCCGAAAAGUACCUCGCCAGCACGAUUUAGAUCUAUAUUACCCGAGUGUUCACGUGAAAUAUGCGGAAUUCUUUGAAGAAAUCGGUCGUCGUGAUGAUACCUUCUAUUUGGUAUCGUUUAGUGAAGAGCACCUAUUACUGCCAGCACUAGCUUAUAACAAAACGAACCGACCGCGCAUGUCACUUAUGCUGCCUACCAUCACGAGCUCCGGCGUACCGAUGGCCAACGGGACGGAUCGCUCAGAAAAGAUCACGCUUAUGCAGAUCGAUUGUGAAGUGAUGAAUACGUCCGUGAUACAGAUACGCGAAAAGACGAUCCCGGGAGAUUUGCGUCCGCAGGGUGGUGAUCCAUCGAAAGCAGGCCCGGGUUCGACGAAGGCCAGCUAUGAAGGUCGCAAUACUACGGCAUCUGGGGCUCAACAGAAUCGAGCGACAGGUCGAGCUUCUGCUGGAAAUAGACUAGUUCGAAGUAACUCCACUACAACCGGUCAUCCUGCUAAUACGUCGGAUGGGCUUGUUCGAAAGCGUGAUAAUCCCCAUCAUCAUCAUCAGCAUGUUCCUAAUAGGCCGUUCUUUGUUGAACGCAUGAACGAACAUCUAAAAAGUGAACUGCAUGUUAAUUAA